AUGUCGCAAAGUCAGAACAGUGGACAGGAGGUUAUCAAAACCAAAGUGGAUGGUCAGAUCCAAAAAUGCACUUCCGAAGAAAUCGAAGAGUCCCUCAGGCUUAUUGAAGAUGUCAAGUUUUUCCUCGCGACCGCGCCAGCUAAUUGGCAAGAAAACCAGAUCAUUCGCAGGUAUUAUCUGAAUAACGACCAAGGAUUCGUCUCGUGCGUUUUUUGGAAUAACCUUUACUACAUUACAGGAACCGAUAUCGUUAAAUGCUGCGUCUAUCGAAUGCAGAAGUUUGGUCGGGAAGUACUAGAUCGUAAGAAAUUCGAAGAAGGUAUCUUCUCGGAUCUUCGACAUCUGAAAUGCGGAGUGGAUGCUACAUUGGAGACACCCAAAUCUGAGUUUCUCUCAUUUCUGUUCAAGAAUAUGUGUCUUAAAACUCAAAAGAAGCAAAAAGUUUUCUUCUGGUUCAGUGUUCCUCACGAUAAACUCUUUGCGGAUGCGUUGGAGAGAGACAUGAAAAGGCAUGCCGCGAGCCAAUUACCAACAACCAGGUCCGUAAGCGAGCCGGCGCUUUCCUUCACUUACGACGAUCGAUCAGGCUUGUCGCUAUAUGAUCAAUUAUUACAGCAUAUGGACUUGCAACGUAUUAAACGAAGUAAUGCAUCAACGGUUGAGUCAACUACUGAAACACAACCCACUACGAACUUUGUGCAGGUCCAAACAAGCACUGGUGCUGAGGAAUCGAGCCCUGUGCAUAUCAAAAAUGAAGCUCUCGAUUUGGAAGAUACGCCCGAUGAAUUAACAUCCAAAUAUGCCCCGCAAGAGCUGAUAAUUAAUCCACCGGCAGGCUCACCUGAUGAACUUGAUUUAGAUUCUGCUGCUGAGGUUCCUGGCCUUUCAAAAGAUCCGGGAGAAGAGGAUGAUUUUCCUCUCGAUUACUUCCCAGUGGAAGUUGAAUAUCCCAACCAGCAAUCACUUAAGCCUGGAAUCGGAUCGAUGUAUUACGAUAACGAAUUCGAAACCAGUUAUAUCCCACUUUCGGCUGUUCCUCCUGUCUCUGCAGGGUUUUAUGAGAACUCGCAUUUUCCCGAAGAAGUCACAUUUGGUCCUCCUCCUGUAACAUCGGCAGCUAGACUUGCAUUUCAAAUACCUCCACCUCCAAUGUCUGCUGCUCGCUCACAAUUCAUGACUAAUGGUGAAUAUUACGCUUCAUACGUUAAAGGUCAAGAGGAUCGCAUCGGCGAUAGGCUUUCUCAAGAGCUUGAUCAGGACAAAGAAUAUCAAGAAGAAGUGGUAGACAAUUCUCGUGAUUUUGACCGGAACCCGAAACAAUAUAUUUCAUACCAAAAGCCUGGUGCCGACUCCAGAAGUAUCAAUGGUGUUCUUCCUCCUGGUAGUAUUUAUCCUAACAGAUAUGCAUAUCCUUCGAUGGACAUCCAACAAGGCACACAGGGGAUCCUCAUAUGACCAGAAGCUACGCCAUGGAAGACUAUCUUUGUGACAACUCCGCACUGUACGACGCAUUUCCUGGAGGUGCUUAUGUACCGCCUUCAUCCAAACCUUAUACCCCGGGCUACCGCUUGACGCCGAUGGCACCAUCCACUCCUUUCGUAGGAGUUACGCAAUACGGCAAUAGGCAAGUUCUUACCACCACUGCUAAAAAUUAUCCAAUCAACCCGUACUAUCAGUCAUCACCAAGUUUUCAGCGCUGGGGCAACGUUCACGGCUACUUAAGAGGGUUCCCUUCCAUACAGGCCACGUCAGCUCCCCAGGGUCCAUCCAUGCCAAUGCAACACCCUCAUUCUGCCAGCAAGCUCUAUUUCAAUAAACCUAACAUCGUUCACAAACCAUCCCCCAGGGCUCCAAAGCAGAGAACUCGUGCCAAAAAGCCUCCUUCUUUAUCGCGGUCCGUAAGGUCCCACCAUCGUACCAAUUGUAAAAACGAUUUAGAACAAGGCUCUGCUACUUUCUCUAUGCCAACCCCUGAAUCGAAUUCAACCACGCUCAACGAUGCUAGAAAUAAAAGACCACAAGGGCAGAAGCAGUACGAAGCCGAUAGCGAUAACUACAAAGACAGCUUCGCGAAGGAUCAGGAUCAGAAAGUCUUUUACAAAUAG